AUGUUGGGUGUUUUAAUUGAUCAUAUCUUUAUUCGUGAAGCUUUUCUAUGUAAAUCAAAUUGUACGUCAUACACACCAUCGAUAAAAAAUCUAAUAGAAAUUCCAUUUCAAGUAUCAUCCAAUAUUCAAAUUAUUAAUUUAAAUCAACCGAUUAAUGCUGAUUUUAAAUGUAUAAAUACCAAAAAGCUUCUUGAUUUUAUCAAUACUACUAUAUGUUUACAUGAAACCAAAAAUGAAAUAUAUGUCAGUAAUUCAUUCCAGAAUACAACUUCCAUUUGGGAAGAAGAAGGAGUAAUACGUAUACUUCAACUUCUUAUUCGUCAUCCACAUUUUGAUUUUAUUGAUAUUGGAGCAAAUAUUGGUACUUAUACAAUGUAUGCUGCUGCUUUAGGUCGAUUUGUAUUAGCUAUUGAUCUUUCUAAAAAAGUACUUACUAAUCAAAAUAUAAUAAAGGAUCCAUAUAUAGUUAAAACAAUAACAUUUGAUGAAUUACUGCCGAUAUUAGUUGCACGAGGUGUUCGUGGAGCAAUUAUAAAAAUUGACAUAGAAAGUAGUGAAAGCUUUGUUGUUGAAAGUGGAAGUCGAGUAUUUGAUGCAUUAGAAAUUCCAUUUGUACAAAUGGAGUGGAUACAUGUACGUUCGUACUUCGAUCGUGCUAAAGUUAUAAUAGAUUUUUUUGUGAAACGUAAUUAUGAUCCUAAGUCAUAUUCAUGUCAAUUGUUAAAUACAACUCAAUAUGCAACAUGGCCUUCCGACGUAUGUUGGAUAAAAAGAAAUGUUUCUAAUUUUUGUUAA